AUGUCGGUGAACAUAGAUAUGGAAAACUUCUCGGAUAAAAAGAAUUUGAGGCGACGUACGUUGAAUACAUUGAAGUCAGCUGUAACUGCUUUGAAGCAGAUAACAAAUUCCGAACUCGAGGAGUUGGGUGAGCAGCUGCCGCGGUAUCGGCCCGACUCGAUCGCGGCACUGCGCCGAGCCACGCGGUUCACGGAGCCAGAACUGAAACGACUUUACCGUGGGUUCAAGGCCGAGUGUCCCACAGGAGUGGUGAAGGAAGACACCUUCAAAAUUAUAUAUGCGCAGUUCUUUCCUCAAGGAGCAAACACUGCACAGUAUGCCCACUACGUUUUUAAUACAUUGGACCAAGAUAGAAGUGGCUUGUUAAGUUUUGAGGAAUUCGUUAUGGGAUUAUCGAUACUGUCACGUGGGACUCUAGAAGAGAAACUACGCUGGACAUUCUCCCUAUAUGAUAUCAACGGAGACGGGUGUAUCACCAAAGAAGAAAUGACAGAAAUCGUGACGGCAAUCUACGAUCUCAUGGGCAAAAUAGUAGAGCCUAUGGUCGACGACGAAGUUGUCCGAGAAAAAGUCGAAAGGCUGUUUCAGAAGAUGGAUCUCAAUAGAGACGGCGUCCUGACGCUAGACGAGUUCCUGGACUGCUGUUUAAGAGACGAAGAAAUAUCAAGAUCAAUGGGUGUAUUCGACAGCAACUUCUGA